AUGUCUAUCGUGGCCGACCAGGUCCACCGCCUGGAUGCACGGAUUGACCGGCUCUCUCUAGCGCCCUUGACCUACGCACCGGACCAUGAUGUCGAGUUGCAAGGUGUAGAGGGUGUGGCGGCGGCCACAUCAGCCCUCGCAUCUCCUCGGCUCGACGAGCUACUGAGCAUCGUCAAGUCGCUGUCGUCCGGUUCUAUCUCAGGGGCUCACCUGUCCGCCCCACGGCUGCAGAGGCUGCUGAAACAGUCCGGCCUGACUGGAGAAGUCCCGUCUAUCGAACUGCUUGAGGCCAAGAGCCAGUAUGAGACCGACGUGGAGUGGGUUCUGGUGGGCAAGGCCACGGUGCAGACGUACGGCCUCUUGAUGAACACGCUCCUCGACCAGAUCAUCCCGCUCAGCGACGAUAUCUGGUACUGGGACGAGAUUGUAACGUCGUACCCGUAUAGUUUUGUGUACACCGUGCAAACCUCACCACUGCGUAUGUUGAGAUGGUCCAAGGAGAUCUAUUACGAGAGCAUCGAACGUUUUCAGCGCAUGUACCGAGACGAGUUACCGCCUAGUCCGGUAGUCGAGACGGCCGAGGAAGUGGUUUCAAAAGCCGAGCCGGACGGCACCGAUGCCCACCCCAAGCCGAAAGGCUUCAAGAAGCUGUAUCCUUCCCUGUCGCGGCACUGGUUCCAGUUCUACAGUAUCGUACGACAAAGCGUUGCGGAGCGGUCCAUCGCCGACAUACAGCGGAAGAUCCUCUCCCGCGUCGACAUCGGCCGUUCCGAAGCCCGGCACAACCAAGACCGACUCCGAAGGCUGCGGGAAACCACCGCGACCGGCCUGGGUGUGCUGUUAGACGAAGGUCUCAAUUUUGGGAACGCCGAAGAAGGCAGCAACAACGACGAGUGGAAGGGUCUCCUGGAGCGGAGCGUAGCUCUCAUGGAUAUGAUCCUCCAGUCCGUUAUAUUCUCUGACCUGUCGGUGUCGGAGUUCGAAGACAAAGUCUUCGCCGGCGUCAACGAAGACCCCGAACUCUCCAUCCACAUCGAAGACUCCCACCCAGCCGAGCGCCCCGCUGCCCUCGCCCGCCGCCUCCUCGGCCUCCUCGAGAGCGGCCUGCCUGACCACCGCGUGGCCAUGACUGACCUCGCGCGUGAGCAUGGCCGGCCGUCCCGGCUGGUGCGGUACUGGCUGCCGGCGGCCGCGCUGCUCGUCUCGUCCUCCACCAUCCUGCGCAUCCUGUUCCGCCGCCAGGACGACAUCAUCAACUGGAUCCGCGACCUGGGCGCGACGUCGCGCGACUUUUGGUUCAACUGGGUGGUGCAGCCGGUGCGUAAGAUCAUUGGCACCAUCCGGCAUGACGCCAACAGUGAGAUUGCCAUCAUGAGCCGGGACAGCCUCAAGGCGGACCGGGAUAGUUUGGAGAGGAUGGUGGUGCAGUUUGCGGUGGAUAACCCGAGUGUGGCGGUGGGCAGAGCGUCGAUCAGCGAUUUUGAUAUUGGUGAGAUCCGGACCAAGGUGAAGGAGGGGGAUGUGACGCCGGUCUUGAGGGCGUAUGAGAACGACCUGAGGCGGCCGAUUGUGGGCGCCAUUCGGGGGGACCUCGUCCGGUCGCUGCUCAUCCAGGUGCAGAAGACCAAGGUCGAUCUGGAGGUGGCCAUCAGCGGUAUUGAUGCGCUGUUGAAGAGCCAGGAGCUGGUGUUUGGCUUUGUCGGGCUGACGCCUGGCGUUUUGGUCUCCAUCGGCGUAUUCCAAUACCUCCGCACAGUCUUCGGCAGCCGUAAGGGCCUACGACAAGGCCGGCGCGUGCAGCGCAGCGUGCGGGUGCUGCGCAAAAUCGACCGCAUCCUGUCGGAGGCGACAACCUCACAAAACAGCGUCAUCUCGUACCGCGACCACGGGCUACUCGUGUGCGAGGUGCACGUCCUACGCGGGCUGGCUCACGGCGUGCUGCCGGGGGAUGUGGAGAAGGAGUUUAUCGAGGACUUGGACGAGCUGGCGAAUCUCAAGGGGAUUCAGGUGCAGAUGAAGGCGUUGGAGAGGAUUCGGUGGGCGUAUGCUGAGUGGUUGAGUAGGAUGAAGUAG